AGUGCCCUGGUAGGAGACACAUUUCCAGCAGGACUGCAGUGAGGGAGUGCUGAGCCUCUCUGCAUCUGUCUGCUGGCUGCUCUCCUCCAUCCCCACCCUCCACCACCAGUAGCAACAGCCACAGAAUCUUCCCCUUCUCCAAGUCUCCCCCCUCCCCACCCUUGGAUAAACACUGCUUUACCACCCCCAGCACAGAAACUGGAGCAUGGAGCCCUCACCAAAUCAGACAAGGAAAUAUGGACUGUGAAGAUGGAUGGGGUUAGAUUGACAGCUUGGGGAUUUAAAUCUAAGGAUGUGGAGAAGAUCCUCACAAGGUGCUUAGGUUUCUGCUGCAUCCUCACUAGAUCUCCUGCACCACCAAUGCACUGGAGGGAAGUGACACUUUGGGAGCAGAUGUCCACGUGAACCCACAUCACGAAUCUAACAAGACAACUGAAGGCAGUUGCAUGUUUUAUGAUCUAUGGUACAGUCAACAAAAGAAUACAGGGAGGAGGCUCAAUGACGGUUGCCAGCCAUGCAAUGUACCUGGAAGGCUGUCUUCUUACUAGCGUUGGCCUCGAUCGCUAUCCAGUACACAGCCAUCCGAACCUUCACCACGAAAUCCCUUCAUAUAUGCCCAAUCCCCUAUCCGGCCAACUGCAGUCCUGGCCAAGAUCCUACCGAGGCUCCGGACCGGCUGUGCGAGGACAGCCAGUCUCAGCCCUCUAAUUUUUCCAGAAAGACACAUAUUCUUAUCUUAGCCACUACACGAAGUGGGUCAUCUUUUGUUGGUCAGCUCUUCAACCAACACUCAGAUGUCUUCUAUUUAUUUGAGCCCCUUUACCAUGUCCAGUAUACUUUGAUUCCUAAGAUGACUCAGAGUAAAAGCCCUGCCGAUCGGAGAGUGAUGUUGGGUGCAAGCCGGGAUCUGUUGAGAAGUCUUUACGACUGUGACCUCUACUUUAUGGAGAACUAUAUUAAGCCACAACCAGUUAACCAUACCACAGAUAAACUGUUCAGAAGGGGUGCAAGCAAAGCGCUCUGCUCUUCUCCAGUGUGCGAUGCAUUAGGCCCCUCUGAUAUCUACCUAGAAGAGGGUGACUGUGUUAAGAAAUGUGGAAGCCUGAACCUCACUUUGGCAAUGGAGUCUUGCAAAGACCAUGGACACGUGGCUAUUAAAACAGUCCGCGUGCCAGAAGUCAAUGAUCUUCGAGCUUUAGUAGAGGACCCUCGGCUUAACUUGAAGGUGAUCCAAUUGGUGAGGGACCCCAGAGGCAUCUUGGCCUCACGUAGUGAGACUUUCCGGGACACUUACAGACUGUGGAGGAUAUGGAGGGCUACCGGCCGGAGGCCAUACAACCUAGACUCCAGCCAGCUGACCACAGUCUGUGAGGACUUUUUAAACUCAGUCUCUACAGGGUUUAGUCGACCGCUCUGGUUAAAGGGAAGGUACAUGCUUCUGAGGUAUGAGGAUUUAGCUAGAAACCCCAUGAAGAAGAUGGAGGAGAUUUAUGAAUUUGUGGGCAUUCCGUUGGAUUCAAAUGUCGAACGAUGGAUUCAAAAUAACACACGCGGUGACCAGUCCUCAGCCAAACACAAGUACGGUACGGUCAGAAACUCUGCAGCCACAGCUGAAAGCUGGAGACUAACCCUGUCAUAUGACAUCGUAGAAUUCACCCAGAAUGCUUGUCGACAAGUACUCAUUCAGCUUGGAUACAAGACUGUGAGUUCAUCGCAAGAACUGAGAAACCUUUCCUAUAGCCUGAUAGAGGACAAAGGUUUCGCACCUUUUUUGUAAAGGUUCAGCUGUAACCACGGCACGCAGUGAGGGUGUAGGACACAGUGAAGUUAGGAAGAGAUCAAACUAUAUAUUUUUGAUAAGCUCCUUCCCUGCUUCCUCUACUUCUCUUGGGAAAACUAGUUGCACUAAACAGUUGGUCUGGUAAUAAAGCACAUUAAAAAAGAA